CGAGAGACCGCCGAGACGCAAAGCCUACGUUCAAUGCUGUUGGAACAUGUCCUAUGUUCCCUUUCAAGAUGCAAGGUGUGCCGUCCCCCCCUCCUACCAUCAUCACCAUCAUCGCUCCCACGCCCACUCCUUCCACGCUCCCUCCUACGACCGUCCUGCUCACGACCGUCCCGCCUACGAGCGCCCCGCCUACGACCGGCCCUCUUUCGAACGUCCUUCUUUCGAACGUCCUUCUUUCGAACGUCCCUCUUUCGAACGCCCUUCUUUCGAACGUCCCUCUUUCGAACGCCCCUCCUUCGACCGUCCCUCCUACAGCCGCCCCUCCCACGAGCGCCCCAUCUACGACCGCCCGUCGCACGAUCGUGCACCCCACGACCGCUGGAACCCCCGUCUUCGCGUGAGCUCCGGAAAUCAGCUCUACAUGUUGGACCAGGAAGAGGUUCACCCUUUGCUGAUGCGCGAGAGGCGCUCAGAGUCUCACAGGAACAAGCUACUGCGGCGGACAGUCAGCGUUCCUGUGGAGGGACGGCACCAUCCCGAGAUGGAUCAUCGCGCCCGGCGGAAGAGCAUAGCCACCGGGAAGCAGCCCAGCAUGGAGGUCCCUCCCACUGCCCCCCUUCAACCCUUCCGACAAUCCAGUUUCCUCAGUAGAAGGUUGAAGGGCUCAAUCAAGAGGGCCAAGAGUCAGCCCAAACUGGACCGAACUAGCAGCUUCCGCCACAUGAUCCUCCCCCGCUUCCGCAGUGCCGACCAAGACAGGACCCGUUUGAUGCAGAGCUUCAAAGAGUCCCACUCCCAUGAGUCCUUGCUGUCUCCAAGCAGCGCCGCCGAGGCGCUGGACCUCACUCUGGAUGAGGACGCCAUCAUCAAACCUGUGCACUCCAGCAUCCUGGGACAGGAGUACUGCUUUGAGGUGACUACGGCAUCGGGAACCAAGUGCUUUGCGUGUCGCUCAGCUGCAGAGAGAGACAAAUGGAUCGAGAACCUGCAGAGAGCUGUCAAGCCCAACAAGGACAACAGCCGGAGGGUGGACAAUGUGCUCAAACUGUGGAUCAUAGAGGCCCGCGAGCUUCCAGCCAAGAAACGCUACUACUGCGAACUUUGCCUGGAUGACAUGCUGUACGCACGCACCACCAGCAAACCCCGCACCGACACCGUUUUCUGGGGCGAGCACUUUGAAUUCAACAACCUACCAGCCGUCCGCAACCUACGCCUUCAUCUAUACAAGGAGACGGACAAGAAGAGACGCAAGGAAAAGAGCACAUACUUAGGACUCGUGAGCAUCCCCAUCUCCAGCAUCACCGGACGCCAGUUUGUGGAGCAGUGGUACCCGGUCAUCCAGCCCAGCGUCCUCACCAAGGGGGCUGGAGUCGGAGGAGGGAAGAUCAUCAACGCAUCCCUACGCCUCAAAUCCCGCUUCCAGACCAUGAACAUCCUGCCCAUGGAGCUGUACAAGGAGUUUGCAGAGUAUGUCACCAAUAACUACCGCACCCUGUGUGCCGUGCUGGAGCCAGUGCUGAGUGUGAAGAGCAAAGAGGAGGUGGCCUGUGCUUUGGUGCACAUCCUGCAGAGCACAGGGAAGGCUAAGGAUUUCCUCUCGGACAUGGCGAUGUGUGAGGUAGACAGAUUCAUCGACCGAGAACACCUUAUCUUCAGAGAGAACACUCUGGCCACCAAAGCCAUAGAAGAGUACCUCAAACUGAUCGGACAUAAGUACCUCAAGGAUGCUAUCGGGGAGUUCAUAAGGGCCCUGUAUGAGUCAGAGGAGAACUGCGAAGUGGACCCCAUGAGAACACCGCCCUCUGUACUGCCGGACCACCAAGCCAAUCUGCGAAUGUGCUGUGAGCUGGCACUCUGCAAGAUCGUUAAUUCCCAUUGUGUGUUCCCUCGAGAGCUAAAGGAAGUCUUCGCCUCCUGGAGAGUGCGCUGUGCUGAGCGGGGUCGGGAGGACAUCGCCGACCGCCUCAUCAGCGGCUCUCUGUUCCUGCGCUUCCUGUGUCCCGCCAUCAUGUCCCCGUCGCUCUUCAACCUCACGCAGGAGUAUCCCGACGAGCAGACGUCACGCACACUCACCCUCAUCGCCAAAGUGGUGCAGAACCUGGCUAACUUCUCCAAGUUUGGCAGUAAAGAGGAGUACAUGUGUUUCAUGAAUGAGUUUCUGGAGAUGGAGUGGGGCUCCAUGCAGCAGUUCCUGUACGAGAUCUCCAACCUGGACAGCGUCAGCAAUGCCGGAGGCUUUGAGGGAUACAUCGACCUGGGCAGGGAGCUGUCUAUACUGCACAGUCUCCUCUGGGAGGUCAUGGCUCAGCUCAGCAAGGACGCCAUCAUCAAGCUGGGUCCUUUGCCUCGCCUCCUGAACGACAUCAGCAUGGCCCUGCGUAACCCUCACCUCCAGAGGCAGCCCAGCCACCAGACGGACAGAGUGCAGGAGAGACAGACGGACAGGCUGCUGUCACGGCCGAGCUUCAACAGGGGCAUCUCAUCGGAGUUCCAAAACCUCAUGAUGAGGGAUCUUAAUAGCUCUAUAGAUAUCACUCGUUUGCCUUCCCCUACCUCCACCGGAGGGGUCAUGCCAUCCCGCGCCCAGAUGAGUUUUCAGGACCGUGACCACCCUCAUCGAGCGUCCUCCAAAGACAUGUUUUACGUAUCGCGCCCUCCCCUGGCCCGAUCCAGCCCAGCGUACUGCACGAGCAGCUCGGACAUCACGGAACCAGACCCUAAGUUCGCCCAUGGGGGGUUCUCUCGCAGUGAGGAUCUGUCCACCCUCAGGACCAGGGACACUCACCUGGGCCAACCCAGCAUCAUCCACUCACACAGCUACAGUGACGACUACAGCAGGGCUGACUAUGGACGCCGGCAGAUGUCCAUGCAUGUGCAGGAUAAUCUCCAGCAGCAGCAACAAAUGAUGGGCAUGACCUCCCAGACAGGAACCUCCCACUCCUCCCUGGCCACCACGCCUCCCUCCACAGUCCAACCUAUGCGCCAGAGUUCUGUUGCCCCGCCUCCCACCCAGCGCGUCAAGUCCCAGACGUCCCACCAGCUGUCCGUCAGCGCAGCCGCCGCGCCUGCUGCUCCGGCCAAAACCCGGCCUCAGAGCGGGAACCUCCUCCAGUCACCGGAGUCGGGCUACGGCGGCCGGCAGCACGGGCCUCGGCAGCUGUCCGUCAAAGACAACACUGCCCCGGGCCUGCCCCACCAGCAGAGCUCUGUCAGGGAAAGCCAGAGUCCACAGGGAACCACCAGUCAGAGCACUCAGCAGUCACCACAACAGUCUCAGCAACAGCACCUGCUCAAACCCACCAUGAGCAAACAGGGCUCCCAGUCUCCAUCCACCCUCAACCCACCCUCAGCCAAUGAGCGCACCGUGGCCUGGGUCUCCAACAUGCCUCAUCUGUCGGCUGACAUUGAAAGUUCGCGGAUUGACCGUGAGGAAUUCAAACUUAAGGAGUACUCAAAGAGCAUGGAUGAGUCACGCAUGGACAGGGUACGGGAGUACGAGGAGGAGAUCAACUCCCUGAAGGAGCGCCUGAUGAUGUCCCACAAAAAGCUGGAGGAGUACGAGCGGAGGCUCCUCACACAGGAGCAGCAGACCAAUAAGAUCCUCCUACAGUACCAGAACCGACUCGAGGACAGUGAGAGGAGGCUACGGCAACAGCAAGUGGAGAAAGACUCCCAAAUUAAAGGAAUAAUUAGCAGACUCAUGGCUGUGGAGGAUGAGUUAAGGGGAGGAGCCAUUCUUGAGCCAAAAACCAGGAUUUUCGCUGAUCAGGGGAGGCGUCAGUCCAUCCUAGUGCAGCCCCGUCUCGCGCCUGUCCCACCCCGAGUAUCCAGCCACUCUCAAAGCUUCAUCGAGGACAAUGUGGAACCUAAUUGGCUGAUGCACCAUCGGCAGUCUACAGGGUGGCAUGGCCAAAUGUCCAGAGCCCUCUCUCGUGACGCGAUUGGCUGA